CUAUAUAUACCCCUCGCCAAGCCCCUUCCCAUUCUCUCUCACACACACACCCCCACUUGACCUGACCAUCUUCCUCUUUCCAUUUCAUAUAUAUAUAUGAGCAAAACCCUCCUCUUCUCCACCAACUCAACAGCCCAAAAUGGCCAUCAGAAAGCCCUCAAAGCUGCCCCAGACGGCAAUCAUCAAGCAAAUCCUCAAGCGGUGCUCAAGCUUGGGCAAGAAGGUUGACUACCACGACCAAGACGGGCUCCCCAUUGACGUCCCCAAGGGCCACUUCGUGGUCUACGUAGGCCCCAACAGGACCCGGUACAUCGUCCCGAUCUCGUUCCUCGCCCGGCCAGAGUUCCAAACCCUCCUCCAGGCGGCUGAGGAGGAGUUCGGCUUCGACCAUGACAUGGGCCUCACCAUCCCCUGCGAGGAGGCAGUCUUCGAGUCUCUCACGUCAGCCCUAAGAUGAAGCGUCGGACCCACGUGGUAGCUCACUACUAGAAUAUGAUUCCGGGCAGACUGGACCCUCCUACGAGCACCGGAGUAACAUAUUUCUUGAAAUUGUGACAUACCGAUCGGUGAAUUUUCCGGCUCUCGGAAGCAUGUCCCUGAAGAUCUUGCUUUCCAGCAGGGCUCGAGGGGUUUAAGGAGAGAAAAUAGGAACAUGGUACGUAUGUUCAUGUGAUGGGAGAAAUCGUCCCCAGAGAGAUGAAGAAGCUGCUUCAAAUUUGCUUCUCUCUUUGAAUUUCUCUAUUUCUAUUUUUCCUCUUUUUUUUUGGUGGGGGGGUAUUAAUUAGAUUAGUUAGUAAAUAAUAGAGUUAAUUUUCUGAUGAUCAUCUGACCUAAUAUGAAUUAAUUAGGCUGUAUUGGGUUUGAUUAAUUGUAAAGCUCGAUCGAGAGUGAAAAGGGUUGGAAUUUUUUCCUCACGGUGGUGUCGGGUUUGGUUGGUUGUGACCAAUUUACCCUGUGAGAGAACCAAAUGUUUCUACCAAUAAUAAUAUAAAAGAAUGUUAAUGAGAAUAUUUAAUUAUUUAGGGUU